AUGGAUGUUACUUUUUUGGAACGUUUUUCGGAUGCUGGUCGUGGUUCCCGAUCAGGUAUUGCAAACGCUCAUGAGUUAUUAGCGAUGAAACGAUAAAAAUGCACAGAAAGUGAAGAUUAUUUUGAUGUUCUGCAUUCGGUAGUUAAUCGAAUCAAAGUGAUGGAUCUGUGCAGGAUGUCGUUGGAUUUUUAUCCAAACGAUUCUUUUAACGAGCGAGUACAUGUUGUUGAUAGCAUGGCAAAGGAAUAUUUGGAAAAGGCAGCAAUGGAUGUUCGACAUCUUAUUCCAGCAGACGUUCCAGGUGAUGGUAAUUGUCUCUAUCACUCUGUUCUUCUCGUGAUGAAUAAUUCUGUAAUGACAACGAGCGAGUUAAGAGUUCGCACGAUUGUGGAAUUGAUAACGAAUGAAACAUAUUAUUCGAGUAUGUUAGCUCCGUUUAUUGGUCCUUUGGAUGAAGCUGUUAAAGGUGUGUGCAAAAAUUACACAUAUUCGGAAUUAUACGAAAUUAGUGCUCUAUGCACAGUAGUUGGCUGUAACAUAAGAAGCAUUUAUCCUGAAAUUGACUUUAGAAUCGAUAUGACUAUUAUGAAUAGUGUUUUUACGCCGAUUUCACCGGUUAUUGGAAAGUAUGAAAUCAAAAUUUUAUGGUCAAGCCUCUGCAGUGAAAGGAUUGUUCGGGCAAUGAAUAAUAACAAAUGGAGUCCUAAUCAUUUUGUUCCGUUGAUGUCAUCAAACAUGCAGCAUGAAUAUGUCGGUCGUAGUCAAGUACAAUCAACCAACAAAACACCGGAAAAGAAAACAACGAAGAAUAAUAUUAACACUCAUGUACGAAUUCCUGAAUUUCAGUCUUCACCUAGUAGACGUUUACGUAGUGAAACUAGCACAAGUAAUGAUCUUGUUCAAAUUAUUAAUACAGAUGCAAUGGAACAAAUGGAAAUAGAAAAAGAAAGAGAAGGGCAGCAUGAAAUGCGACUUGCGACUUUAAGAGAUCGUGCUCGUUCAAGACGAAAUAGCGAAACAGAUGCUCAGCGUCAAGAUCGACUCAGAAAAGAUCGAGAACGAGCUGGAGCUCGACGAGUUAGCGAAACACAAGAUCAACAUCGAGAACGACUGGAAAAGAAAAAAGAUUACGUCCGAACAAGUCGAAUGACCGAAUCACAGGAACAACGCCACAGUCGACUGGAACACAAAAUAGACUACGCCCGAACAAGUCGAAUGAACGAAUCAGAGAAACAACGCCAAAGUCGACUGGAACAGAAAAUAGACUACGCCCGAGCAAGUCGAAUGAACGAAUCAGAGGAAGAACAUCAGAUUCGGAUCGAUUGUCAGAGGGAACGAAGUCAAGCCCACAGAACCAACAAAAAAUUGGAAAAACGGGCACUUGACAAUCUUAUGACACAUGAACAAGAUACCAAUGAACGUGGAUUUGGAAAUAGCAUCUAUAGCUAUCCUGAUGAUAGUUCAAUGAAUGUAAUUAGACGUAACUAUAGUACAACAAAUAGGAACGAAGGACAUGAUUCAUCAACUUGGCCAACACCGAUAUCC